UCGUCUCCCGCCCGGUCUCUCCCUCCCUCCUCUCUUUUCUCUCUCUCUUUCUCGCUCUUCUUCUGCUUAGCGGCGGCGAGUCGCGGGCUGAGGCGAGGCGGGGCGCGGGCCUCCGCCAGCUAUGGACCUGGAGGCGUCCGACGAGACGGCUCCGCUGGAGGAGCCGAGGCGGGAGGAGCCGGAGCCGUCACCCCCGAAGCGGGCGGUGGGGGGCACCGCUGGACUCGGCGGCAGGAGGAGGGCUGGCUUUGAAGAAGGCCGUUCUAACAGAGCCAACAUCGCUGACAGGGCAGCCGGGAGCCAGCCAGGGGAAAAAGAUAGGCCACCGAGGAGUUGACGCGUCAGGGGAAACGACGUACAAGAAGACCACGUCAACCACACUGAAGGGGGCCAUCCAGCUGGGGAUUGGCUAUACGGUGGGAAACCUGAGCUCCAAGCCUGAGAGGGAUGUUUUGAUGCAAGAUUUCUACGUAGUGGAGAGCAUUUUCUUUCCCAGCGAAGGCAGUAACCUCACUCCAGCGCAUCAUUACCCUGACUUCAGGUUCAAAACAUACGCCCCCGUCGCUUUCCGCUAUUUUCGAGAACUUUUUGGCAUUCGUCCGGAUGAUUAUUUGUAUUCCUUGUGCAACGAGCCGCUGAUCGAGCUCUCCAAUCCUGGGGCCAGCGGCUCCCUCUUCUAUGUCACCAGCGACGAUGAGUUCAUCAUCAAAACUGUGAUGCACAAAGAGGCAGAAUUCCUCCAGAAACUUCUUCCGGGUUAUUAUAUGAACCUGAACCAGAAUCCACGGACGUUGCUGCCCAAGUUCUACGGUCUCUACUGUGUCCAAUCCGGGGGCAAAAACAUCCGUGUGGUGGUGAUGAAUAACAUUCUUCCCCGGGUGGUGAAGAUGCACCUGAAAUACGACCUCAAAGGCUCCACCUACAAACGCCGGGCGUCCAAGAAAGAGAAGGAGAAGUCAAGCCCCACCUACAAAGAUUUGGACUUCAUGCAGGAUAUGCCCGAGGGCAUCAUGCUGGACACGGACACAUUCAACGCUGUGGUGAAGACACUGCAGAGGGACUGCUUGGUGCUGGAGAGUUUCAAAAUCAUGGACUACAGCCUGCUCCUUGGGGUGCACAACAUAGACCAGCUGGAACGGGAACGACAGGUUGACGGUGCCCAGAGCAUGUCGGAUGAGAAACGCCCCGUGGGGCAGAAGGCUCUCUAUUCCACCGCCAUGGAGUCGAUCCAGGGAGGGGCUGCUCGAGGGGAACCCAUUGACACGGAUGACACAAUGGGGGGUAUUCCAGCAGUGAAUGGCAAAGGAGAGCGUCUGCUGCUGCAUGUUGGGAUCAUCGAUAUCCUCCAGUCCUACAGGUUAAUCAAGAAACUGGAGCAUACGUGGAAAGCUCUCGUCCAUGACGGGGACACGGUGUCAGUCCACAGGCCCAGCUUCUACGCAGAAAGGUUCUUCAAGUUUAUGACCAAUACAGUGUUCAGGAAAAGCUCUUCCCUGAAAGCAUCUCCCUCAAAGAAAGGACGGAGUGCCUUGUUAGCCGUUAAGCCAUCCGGCCCAAUGGCUGCGUUCUCUGCCAGCCAGAUUCCUUCGGAGAAGGACGAAGUGCAGUAUGACCUCCGGGGAGCCAGGAGUUACCCCACCUUAGAUGACGAAGGCCGGCCUGAUCUUCUUCCCUGCACCCCUCCCUCUUUCGAAGAAGCAACCACCGCCUCUAUAGCCACCACACUCUCUUCCACAUCUCUCUCAGUGCCGGAAAGGUCUCCUUCCGAAUCCUCCGAGCAGCCCAGAUACAGGCGGCGUACACAGUCCUCAGGACAAGAAGGAAGGAUUCGCGAACAGACCCGAGCAGAAGAUGACCUCCAGCAGAUCACUGUGGAGCUCAAGCCGAAGUGUGAUAUUGAGAUUGUGGUGCCUGAUGUGGCUGCUGCAGGAGAGGCAGCGUCCUUAGCGUGUGCCACCAUGCUGUCGGCAGCAGCGGCAGUAGAGGUUGAGACAGCAAGCCAGGCCUCUGAACCUGCCAGCCAAGCUUCAGAUGAAGAGGAGCUCCCAAUCCCGGAUAUCUAUUUUUAACUCCUAUGCAAACUCCUCGAGAGAAACAUUCCUCCUGACGCCGUUUGCGGCAUUCCCUUUCGAUGUUCCUUGCAGCUUUUCGGAGGGAAGGCGUGGAAGAAUGUCGUGCAUCAGCGUCAGCUGUGCUUCAGCAUCCCAGCGUUACCCGGAAGGACAAAGACAAACUGCCCCGAGUCCCAUCUCCUUCCUCCCACCAUCCUUUCUCCAAAACGUGUAUAUUAAUACCUCUCCAAGCAGCUACCCACAAACUGAUCUUGGCCCCAGAGACAUCAGAGGUCGGAAGGAAUUUGAUCCUGGGUCACCACCUCUCUCUCUCUCUCUCUCUAUUUAUUCCCAAAGUGCACUACUGUAGCUCUCUUAACUGUAUGUGAUACUGUGAACAUUUUUUUUUAAAAAAUCAUGUAUUUAUUUUGUUCCUCUUUGCACAAACAGCACGCUUGUGCUUUUUGUUUUUGUUUUUUUUUUUCAAAAAUAGUUUUAUUGCACUUUUAGGGUGUAGGGGAGAAGGCCUUGUCACAGAUGUUGAUCGCCUUUGGUGAUAAGAGAUUAGAAGAAGAAGCAGCCUCUGAGCAGAGGGGCAGCAGGGCAGGAGAGGCUGGCAGAGCAGUGGAGCUGGUUAUAAGAGUGUCUAUGAAAUGGCACUUUGGCUCGAUCACUCGGUGGCCCCCACUUCAGUUGGUUAGCAAGGGGGAAAAAAAGAAAAAGGUUUCAAUCCCAGCCGCCUGAGGAAGAUUUGAAACUUUCCACUGAAACAGGCCGUGGAACCUGCCCGAAGCUCCCUCGGUAUCUAUUUGAGUGGGAUUUUUGAAUGUGCAUCCUCCCCUCACGCUCGCCAUCUUUGUCGGAGAAGUUGGCCAUGUGAAGCUAUGCUCAGCAGCGUCUUCAGGUUGAUUGUUACGGCAGCCUCCUUUGGGCAGACCACUGGAUUUCUGGAAACCUCACAUGGGAGGCUUCUUCCUGGCUUCUCUCCCUGCUACACCCAGCGGAGAAGCUGGGCUGACUUAAGCCAUAAGAGGUGCCACGCUGAAAAGGCUGCAAGGUCCUCAAGAUUGGAGAGAAGCUCCCUGGAAAAGCUUGCAGGGGAUAAAAAGCACGGAGAAGGCCCAUCCAGGAGGUCUUGGUGGCUUUCUAAGAAGCCGGGCUCUGUUCUAAGGGCCGCGAAGCCUCUCUCACUUGGGAGAGAAGCACCAGAGGACUGGCUUACGGCCCCUCAGGAUCGCACUGUCGUCACGCAUGUUGCUGUUCUCGAUACGGAGAGGGCAAAAAUAAACUCAGUUCUACGCAGAAAAGGCAGCAGAGGAACAUCUGCUCCGUGCGGAAGACCUCUCCUUUUGAGGAAGCGGCUUGGGGGGGAAAAAACAAUGGUGUCUUCCAGACCCGCAGCUGCUGGAGGAUUUCCACAGCUGUGACAGUAUUUACUUUUUGGGUGGCACAAAACGGUCUCUGGUUUGUGGGUGGGUGGGACGUGAGUGCAGUAUUCAAGGCCAGCCAAGUCACUCUGUCCGCUUCAGCUGAUGAGAGGCCCCAAAGCUGCUUUUUUUUCUGGGGGGGGGAAGUAUUCAAAUUUAAGUCAGUGCCUCUGCAAGGCCCUGCUCUUGUAAAACAGAAGAGAGAGCAGAAGGCAGCUUUUAUCUUCCUGGUAAUCCUGCGAGGUGAGAAACCUGAAAUGCCUGUGAUGGGCAGGUCAUCCCUUCACCUCCUGGAGGUCCAAACGAAGCACUUCCUCGAAGUGCUUUCUUCUCAUCGGUUGAAAUUUGCUCUCUUCGUGGUAAAAGUUCUCUAUGAAGGGGGAGAAGAAAGAAGCAGGUUGAAGAAGGCCUUGGGCAAGCAAGAUAAUGGCUAAAUGCUAUCCAGUGUGUGUUAGGUUCUCAUUCCAUGACUGUGAGGAAACCGGGGAGGUCCUUGCUCUCCGUCUUAAGUUUUGUUGGGCGUCCCCAUGCUUGAACUUCUGAACCUCUCGUUAAGCAUUCCAGAACGCAACUGGAAACGACGUUCUUUAAAGUGACACUAUAGUUUUAGGGCAGAUUUUGAGAACGUUUCUUUAGGCAGCUACAGGUAGAAUGGUUUCUCUCAACCUUGUCCAGUGGACCUUUGCUUCUGAUUCUUUUCGAGCGCCCGAAGUGGCCUGCCUCGUCUUCAACCUUUUCUCUCCCAACAUCCUGGCUUCCAUUUCCGACCACAAUAAUGUCUUCUCCCCUCUCAAGGUGCCAGUUGUCAGGAUGGGACCUUUCACUUCAGCCUGAGGUGGCAUGACGGCCCUCAUUCCUCCCCUGCUUGAACUUGCUCCCCUGCAGGCUGUGGACUCAGGGCAAACUGCGGGCCAAGCUUUAGUCCUUCUUUGCAGACCAAGCCACCCAGCAUCUUCCGUCCUUGGAGGAGAUGGGCUGAUCCAUCCGUCAGCAAAGCAGGUAGUGCUGGAGCAAAUGGCGCCCUUCCCCUUACCUGGUACAAGGCACAAUCAAGAGACCCGUUCUUGUCGGUCUCGAAGAUGGCAUCAAAUCUGGAGUAACCUGGUCAGGGAUGGUCCUUUUAGAGUUGGUUGCUCUUACGGUUGAAGGAUGGAAAUGGCACUAGACCCAUUGAUCAGCCAGUUAUUGAAGACCAUGCUUGCAAGAUUCCUUGAGGUGCAUUGAUUCCUUUGACUUGGGGUAUCAAACAGAGUUUGGGCAUAGUUGGCUUCGUCUUCUGUGAUUGGCUGAUAGCUAAAGGUAGGCGGGGCAAGAGAGAUGGCCACCCUCUGCUGAACUUGGCCAUGGACAAGAUUCCCUUCAUAUAAGAUUGUCAGCUGUGGUUUUCAGCCAAGAUGACCAAGACAUCAUCCUUGGGAAGCAUCUUGUCCACGUCUUCCUCGCCCUGACCC